GGUUUGACGUCUUUGAAGUGGGUUUGAGACGGGGAUUUUCAACGUCACGAAUUUGAUAGGUAGAAGAGGGUAUUUUGAGUUUCGGAGAAUGAAGAGGGGUAUGGAGGAGUGAUAUCAUGAGUGGUACUAGUAUUAAUGUGAGGUGCUUGGCCAGCACGAGAUGCGGUCAGCAAGAGAUAGGUGAGGGCCAGGGGGAUGGCGAGGCGCAAGGUAGUGAGGUUGUGGAAGGGGUGGAGAAUGAUGGAUCAGAAGAUGAAGGUGAUGCUGUUCAGUCUUCCAGCCCAUCACCCUCCAACAUUUCAUCUUCGUCAUCGUCUCCAUCAUCAGCUACUCAACGUCUACGAAACACUCACCACACAAGCUGUGUGCAAGAAGCACAACUCUCGCCAGAUGGAAGCUGCAUCUUCACCUCGGACUACAACCGUUCCUUCUCCGUCUAUCCUGUCUCCAACGACAUUGGAUCCCAGACCAGCGCCCAGAGCCUCACGCCCUAUGCGUCUUUCCCCUCGCCUAACCCCAUCUGGGCCUUUGCUGCCAACCCACUCUUCAACUUGCAAGACGCCAAUAGCACAACCGUGCUUGUCAGUCGUCGAGACUCUUACGUCACAUUACACAAUGCCCUAUGGGACAUUUCUCGAACCUACACCCACGAGGAAAAUCCGCCUCCAGCUCCCAGACCAGUCGACAUCUCGACUCCCCUUGCUUCAUACAAACUAAUCAACAACCUGACCGAAGCCGUCACCGCGCCCAUCAGUCUGACAUAUUCCCACGAUGGCGCCCACUUCUUCGGUGGCUCCCAGGAUAAAAUCGUAAUUUUUGACCUGCAAGAAACCAACAAACCCAUCCACACAAUCGCAACCAUACCUGCCCGCCGCAACAAACUCAAAGGCGGAGGCCGCGGCUUCAAAGGAUACAUCUCAGCGCUAUCCCUCUCCCCACCCUCACCAUCUUCGCGCGACGGCUUCCUAGCCGCCGGAUCACGCACCCGCCACAUCGGCAUCUACGAUCCCCUCAGCGGCGCCGAAGUCACCAGCUUCGGCCUCCCCGGCACAUCCAGCUGCGCCAAAUCCCGUAACGAGAAUCUGAAGGACAUCAUAGGAGACGGUGUAUCAUCGCUCAAAUGGAGUCCCUGCGGCAACUACCUCUACGUCGCCGAGCGCAACGCAGACGUGUUGCUCAUCUACGACGUUCGUAGUUUUUCCCUUGCGCUGGGGUAUUGCGUGGGUAGGAAGGCGCUGACGAAGCAGAAACUCGGGUUCGAUGUUUGGAAUGCGGGACAGUCGCCAUAUGAUGUUGAGGGGUUUUCGCAUGAGGUUUGGGCUGGGGGGACGGAUGGGAAGGUCAGGGUGUGGAGGGAUGCAUAUGCGAAGGAAGGCGCUGUGCUGCCGGAUGAGGUUGUUAGUGUGGGCAAGGAUGAUGAGCCGGUUGUUGCGUCGCUUGUUCAUCCAUCCGGGGGUUUGGUUGUGGUGGCGUCGGGGGUUAUACGUGUUAAGGAGGAAGAGGAAGAGCAGAGGGGUGUGCAGAGAGGUGGGGGCAUGAGACCGAGGUUUCGCGAAUGGGGGAAUCUUGAUAUUCUGGCGUUGGGAUAAGAAAGUCUGAAAAUGAAAUUCCUUUGGGGAUGCUCGUCACUGGCGAGUGUGCCGUCUGUUGUAAUUUGCUUUCUAUUACCUAUUUCGACAACAAGGGUGAAAAAACGUGACGAGGACUGCGAUGAAUAGACAAUACAUAGAUGGCAAUUUAGAUUACUGUAUCAAAUAAGCUGC